AUCCCUCUGGAGGCCUCUUGCCCCAUGAGAGGGUCAAUAGCAUCUCCCAGUUUGAUAUCGUCAGCAAACUUGCUAAUGGAAACACUGCGUUACAUGACUGUGCGGAAUCUGGAAGUUUGGAGAUCAUGAAGAUGCUUCUUAAGUAUUGUGCUAAAAUGGAAAAGGAUGGUUAUGGAAUGACUCCCCUUUUGUCGGCUAGCGUGACAGGCCACACAAAUAUCGUGGACUUUCUGACCCAGCAUGUACAGACCAGUAAGGCUGAGCGCAUUAAUGCUCUGGAACUUCUAGGAGCAACAUUUGUGGACAAAAAGAGAGAUCUGCUUGGUGCUUUGAAAUACUGGAAGCGAGCUAUGGAAAUGAGAUACAGUGAUAGGACUAAUAUCCUGAGCAAACCUGUGCCACAAACACUAAUUAUGGCGUAUGAUUAUGCUAAAGAGGUAAACACCUCAGAAGAGCUAGAAAAUCUUAUUGCAGACCCUGAUGAAAUGAGAAUGCAAGCACUAUUAAUUAGAGAACGUAUUCUUGGCCCUUCUCACCCAGAUACAUCCUACUAUAUUAGAUACAGAGGUGCUGUCUACGCAGACUCUGGAAACUUCAAGCGUUGCAUCAACUUAUGGAAAUAUGCUUUGGACAUGCAACAGACCAAUCUUGAUCCACUGAGUCCUAUGACAGCCAGCAGUUUACUAUCAUUUGCUGAACUCUUCUCCUUCAUGCUGCAGGAUAGAGCAAAAGGCCUGCUAGGCACUACCGUCACAUUUGAUGAUCUCAUGGGUAUACUGUGCAAAAGCGUUCUUGAAAUAGAACGGGCCAUGAAACAAACCCAGAGUCCUCCUGAUCCAAUACAACUGAACAAAGCCCUUUCCAUCAUUUUGCAUUUAAUUUGCUUGUUGGAGAAAGUACCUUGCAGCUCAGAACAGGAGCAUUUUAAGAAACAGACUAUUUACAGGUUUAUUAAACUUCAGCCUAGAGGGAAGAAUAACUUCAGUCCACUUCAUCUUGCUGUUGACAAUAAUACUACAUGUGUAGGUCGCUACCCAGUUUGUAAAUUCCCAUCUCUGCAAGUUACUGCUAUCUUGGUGGAAUGUGGUGCUGAUGUAAAUGUCAGAGACUCUGAUAACAACAGUCCAUUACACAUUGCUGCACUGAACAACCAUCCGGACAUCAUGAAUCUUCUUAUCAAGUCAGGUUCACACUUUGAUGCCACAAACUUGCAUAAACAAACUGCUAGUGAUCUGCUGGAUGAGAAGGAAAUAGCAAAAAAUUUAAUCCAGCCCAUAAAUCAUACUACAUUGCAGUGUCUUGCUGCUCGUGUAAUAGUGAAUCAUAACAUAUACUACGCAGGGCACAUCCCUGAAAAACUAGAGAAUUUUGUUUUGCUCCAUAGAUGA